CCAGUGGGAGUCACUCGGGUGAGAGCGCAGAGACGACGGAGCUGUCAAACGGCAACAGUCGGCUGAAAUACCAAAUCCAGUCCCGGGUGGCACUUUGCUCCUCUGCGGCCACGCGGACGACGUUAGCGGAACUUCGAGAACCUUCCGAGACCCUUUUUUUUUUUUUCAAACUUCGUGGGUGUUCGGACCCGCUUAACCAACUUCCCGUUUGCCCCCCCCCCCGUGUGUUUCGGUGUGAAUCCGCGGCUAACGUCGGUUAGCUCGCGGCUUAGCUUAGAGUUUUGUUGACAACCCGUUUUACCGUGAAGCUCGUCACGGAGGAGCCGCGGACCCACUGCGCUCUUCUCUCGGGGCUGGGAGGAGGAGGAGGGGGGGCUUCGCUUGUUAGAGGCAUGGAACCCGACUGGAAACAUCUCCACGAAAUAACAUCAGAAGUGGGCGUUCAAGUUUCUUUUGGUGGUCAGCAUACUGCUUUUGGGCCUGGAAGGUCAUCCUGAAUGAAGGGCUCACGAUACCUCUGUCAAACAUGUGAAAGCCCUCUCAUCCUGGUGGACUCCCCCACUUACAAGCAGUGAGGAACAUCUCACUCCAGCCAGGGUGUCACCAGGGGUGCCCUCGACCAUCACAUUACACCGAACUCUAUGAGCGUGUGACGCAUUCGCUCUCCCAGGACGACACGCACCGAGGAAAGUGUGUGUGUGUGUGUGUGUGCUGCCGUGGAACCCCUCGGCGCCAUUCAAAACAACCCUAGUCCUCCUGUCAUGUGGGUACACGACAGGAAAAGGCCCACAAUACCCUCACUGGUAUCGCCCUCUUUCACGUCACCAUGGACCGCAAUAAACGCAACUCCAUCGCCGGGCUUCCCACGCGGCCCGAACGGAAUAACGAGGACGGCGAUGGCUUCGGAGGCGUAGGGGGCGGCGACGCGGGCACGGGCCCACCUUCACAGGUGGGCAGGGUGUGGCCCUCCUCCUACAGAGCCCUCAUCAGUGCCUUCUCCUGUCUCACUCGCCUCGACGACUUCACCUGUGAGUGGAUCGGCUCCGGCUUCUUCUCCGACGUCUACAAGGUACGUCACCGGGCCUCAGACCAAGUUAUGGCUCUGAAGAUGAACAAGCUCAGCAGCAACAGGGCCAACAUGUUGCGGGAGGUGCAGCUGAUGAACCGGCUGUGCCACCCGCACAUACUCAGGUUCAAGGGAGUGUGUGUGCACGAGGGCCAGCUCCACGCUCUGACCGAGUACAUCAACGGGGGAAACCUGGAGCAGCUUCUCGACAGCAACAAACACCUGAGUUGGCCCACGAGGGUGAAACUGGGCUCUGAGAUCGCCAGCGGUUUGGCCUACUUGCACUCCAAAGGCAUAUUCCACCGGGACCUCACCUCCAAGAACUGCCUGAUCAAAUGUGAGGACAACGGCUACACCGCAGUGGUGGGAGACUUCGGCCUCGCGGAGAAGAUCCCCACCAAUCAAGCCGAAGUAGAGAAGCUGUCGGUGGUUGGCUCUCCUUUCUGGAUGGCUCCAGAGGUCCUGAGAAAUGAAUCCUACGACGAGAAGACCGACGUGUUCUCCUACGGUAUCAUCCUGUGUGAGACCAUCGCGAGGGUCCAGGCCGACCCCGACUUCCUGCCCCGCACCGAGAACUUCGGCCUGGACUACCACACGUUCCAGCACAUGGUCGGAGACUGUCCGCACGACUUCCUCCAGCUCGCCUUCAACUGCUGCAACAUGGACCCUAAACUCCGUCCUUCCUUCCCGGACAUCGUCAGGCACUUCGAGGGGAUUCUCGCGGGCCUCAAAGCCGACGAGAUGGAGCACGAGUGCGACCAACUGGGCGGCGACAACGACAAGAAGACGGCCUCCAAAGGUGAGAAGAUCCAGGGCUUCAAGCGGCUGAACCCUCUGGGUUUCCAUGACGAUAAAAUCCCUCCCAAAUCCCCGCGGCCCCGACGAAACAUCUGGCUGAGCCGCAGCCAGUCGGACAUCUUCUCGUGCAAACCGGGGAGGAAGGUCAACGUCCAGGACCCGUACUACAACCCCCCCAGCGGGCAGAGAGCCUCCAAAGCCCGCAAGAUCAACCCGUUCACCGCCCGAGAGGACCUGUGCGGGGGCAAGAUCAAGUUCUUCGACAUGCCCAGCAAGUCCGUCUUCUCGCUGGUGUUUGACCUCCGCUCGCCCCCGGGGAGCGCGUUCAGCAACCAGGCGCCGGGACCCGGAGGCGCCCGCCAGGUGGCGUCCUACUCCUGGCGGCAGCUGCCGGGGAGACGGUGUCACUCUCUGCCGGUGUCCCCCCAGCUGCCCCGCUCCGAGGUCUUCCCCCUCCUCGCCGCCGACGUCGGCGCCAACAACAACAACGUCGGCUCCGUUACCUGUAACUCCGGCCAGCUCGCCGCGACGCUGCCAGCACUUAACUUCCGGUCUGAUGACGUCCGGCAGAAAGCUGAGCCGAGUGUCUGGGCGAAGAAAUACGUCGUGGUUGAGAUCCCAACUUACUGCAGGCAGCAAGGAGGGGGGGAGGUGGGGGAGGUGGAGGAAAAGGGGGAGGAGCAAGAGGAGGAGGAGGAGGAGGAGCUUGGCGAGAGCCGGUCUCCGAUGGUCCCCAGCAUCGAGAGGAACAGUGGAGAGGCGAUGGACUGCUCCAGCAUCCUGGAGGAAGAGGAGGAGCGAGAGAGAGGGACAGAGCCCUGCCCCAUGUAACACACACACACACACACACACACACACACACACACACACACACACACACACACGGAGGACAUGGAGGCUGCUGACUGACACGGUUAAAAAAGAAAAUUUUAGAAAAGUAUCUUUUCAAGUGAAUGCAUCACAUGUUGAUUCAUAAAUCAAGCGCACCCGAUGGAGGUAAACAAACUCCCUUACAGAGAUAUUAUCACCCAGGUGGGCGAGGACAAGUCUCCAUUAAAAAAACUGCUUUCGUCAACACGA